GGGGGGUGGGGUUGGUGCUGCGCCGUUCUCUUGUCAGGCGACGAGCAGUUAUGAACGCUAGUAUUAUUAAUGGCUUUUAUCCUGGCAUUUCUUCCGACAAGCUAGGAGCAGUUUCGUUCCCCUUCUUCCCUUUCAUCCUUACAACAUCCCUGCGAGGUGUUGACUGUGCCAUUAUAUCAAAAUUAUGGGAUUAUUUGACAAGCUAGCAGGCUGGCUUGGUCUGAAGAAGAAAGAAGUUCAUGUUCUGUGCCUUGGGUUGGACAAUAGUGGCAAGACAACAAUUAUUAACAAGCUAAAACCAUCUAAUGCUCAAACUCAAGAUAUUGUUCCCACGAUAGGAUUCAGUGUAGAAAAAUUUAAGACAUCUAGUUUGUCAUUCACUGUGUUUGAUAUGUCGGGUCAAGGUAGAUACAGAAAUCUUUGGGAACACUACUACAAAGAUUGCCAGGCCAUUAUUUUUGUCAUUGAUAGCAAUGACACACUAAGAAUGGUUGUGGCCAAAGAAGAACUUGACACUCUCUUGAAUCAUCCAGAUCUUAAACACCGACGAAUACCAAUUUUGUUCUUUGCAAACAAGAUGGACCUCAGGUUUGCUGUGUCAUCAGUAAAAGUAUCUCAGUUAUUGGCUUUGGAGAACAUCAAAGACAAGCCAUGGCAUAUCUGUGCUAGUGAUGCUCUUAAAGGAGAAGGUUUGCAAGAAGGUGUAGACUGGCUUCAAGAUCAGAUCCAGGCAAUGAAGACAUGAAAAACCAAUGAAUUAUGAAAAUGUCAUAAAGAUAAUUUGUAGAUGUUUAUGAUGACCUCUUGAAGAUGAAGACUUUUUAUAGGUCUGUUCUCUUCUGUUGGCUUUUAUAAAAGCCCAAUAAAAAUAAAAAUAAA